AUGUACAAUAGUGCACAGGCGAAGUUUUAGCACUGGCUGUAAACUUGAUUCUGAGGAACAAAUACGACGUACAGAAAUGUUCCCGAUUGUCGAACUUAUUUGCGAACCAGUUGAUUUAGGUUGGACGAAUGUCAUUGCCCCGAUAUCUUGUGAUUAAUAGGAUGAUGAUGAAUGUUAACCUGCAUGAUAGACUGUGUUUGACGGUCCAUUUCGAAGUACAAGGCGUAACCCACGCCCAGCCCCUAAUUUGUAUGAACUUGGAGUGAGACGCGUCUGUGAUCGACUCAAACGUGAAUUUUGUAGUAUGCCAGUUGUUUGCUUUGCUAGCAAGUGUAUGGUUUCGACUUUAUCUUCACCCAAGUAAAACUAGCAGCUAUGUCAGGCAUGCAGUUGCCACACUUCUGGGACUUUACCUUGCAUUGUUCUGCUUUGGGUGGUAUGCCUUGCAUUUUGUUGUGCAGAGUGGAAUUUCUUACUACAUCAUGAUCAUUGUUGGUGCAGGGAACAUGCAAAAGUUUUGUUUUGUCAUUGCUUUUGGAUACCUUACCUUGUGCCAAGUUAGCAGAGUAUAUCUCUUUGACUAUGGACAGUAUUCAGCUGAUUUUACUGGUCCAAUGAUGAUAAUUACGCAGAAGAUAACCAGUCUUGCCUUUGAAAUUCAUGACGGAAUGGCAAGAAAAGAAGAGCAUCUGACUCCAGUACAAAAAUCCUUAGCUAUUCGAACCAUGCCAAGUCUACUGGAAUACUUAAGCUACAAUUGUAAUUUCAUGGGUAUCCUCGCAGGGCCAUUAUAUACAUACAAAGACUAUACAGCUUUCAUUGAAGGCAGGACAUUGCAUGUGAAGUGCACAGAAGUAAAUGGAAAAGUAAAUGGACAAUGUGGAAAAAGUGAACCUUCACCUUUGGUACCUGUACUAUGCAAGCUCCUAGUUUGUGGGAUUGCUUUGUCCUUUCAUUUGACAGUUACUAAAGCAUUUCCAGUGGAACACAAUAUUGAUGAAACUUUUGUGACUACAGCUCCCUUAAUUAGUCGAGUGCUUUACCUGUAUUUUUCAUUAUUGGCCGCUAGGCCAAAAUACUAUUUUGCUUGGAAUCUAGCUGACGCUAUCAACAAUGCUGCAGGAUUUGGCUUCAAUGGCUAUGACGAGAAAGGCAAUGCCAGUUGGGACUUGAUUUCAAAUUUAAAUAUUGUUAACAUUGAGUUUGCAACAAGUUUUAAAAUGUUCAUUGACAACUGGAAUAUACAGACAGCACUGUGGUUUAAAAGAGUUUGCUAUGACCGCUGCUCUUACUAUCCAACAGCAGCAACAUUUGUACUGUCUGCAAUGUGGCAUGGAGUGUAUCCAGGAUAUUAUAUGACGUUUUUAACAGGAAUACCAAUGACAUUAGCAGCCCGUGCAAUUAGAAACAACUUUCGAUCCUAUUUUCUGAAGUCACCAGCUGUCAAGCUGUUAUAUGAUGUAAUAACCUGGAUUGCAACAAUGAUAGCAAUAAGUUACACCGUUGUGCCAUUUGUUUUGCUAUCGGUAGAGUCAUCUCUAAAAUUUUACAGAUCUUGGUAUUAUGGUCUCCAUAUUGUUGCCCUGUUGGUCAUACUGGUAUUGCCAAUGAAGCCAAGAAAAAAGGAAAAUGAACAGAAUCACUCAAAGCAGAAAUUGAAAGAAGUGGAUAAUGUGCUGACUAUGAACAGUCAUUCUGCUACAAAUAACAACUUGAACCAGAUCCCAAGAUCUUCGUGAACACCAAGUGCAUUUGAAUGAGAAGCUAGGACUGCAAUUAAACUUAUUACCUUCUUUAACUACUGAUAGCGUAUUGAAGAGGGUUUUGUGCUGUUGGACUUCUGCAAAGUAUCCUGAAGCAACAAUAUACUAUAUAAAUAAUUUGUUUGAAAGGCAGCACGGAAACAAAACUCAUUUAUAUUUAACUAAAGCGGAGAAGGAAUGAAAGUAAUGUGAUCAGCUGCACUAUGCUGACCAUAACUGGUUGCAAUUGAUUGCUACUAUGCACACUACUUCAGUCUAGAGAUUAUUGUUUUCUUUACCUUUUUAUGGAAAUGUUGCCUUUGAGAGGUUAUUGUAACUGCAUUUUUAGAUAAGCCAUGAAGUUGUACUAUCUGAAGUCAUCCACAGCCAGUCCCACUAGAAUCUUUUGUACAAAACCAAAACUGUAUGUGAUCCCAUGUAUGGCGCUUUAUGCAAUUAAAAUAGCUAGAGGUGGAUAAGUCUUGCUGACAAUGACUCAUCCUAAAUAGCUACAGCUGAUCUGUGAAAAUUAACAUAACUUCAGUGUAAUGGGGUGAUCAAACCACUUGCUUCAUACUUUUUUCCAUCUUAAAGAGUUUGCAAGUUUUCUUGGUUGAUCCUGUUUUGCUCUUGUAUUCUUUUAUGAAUCAACUGACUGAAAAAUACUGUGAUCUUGUGUACUAUGUGAUUUUAAAAAUUUACAUUAAGGUUAGAUUAAUUAGUGUUUUUCUUAAAAUAAAGCUAGCUAUUAUCCUCUCCCCUCUUCUUCCAGUUGUUAUUUUGGGAAGUUUUGGAAAACCAUAUCUAAGUUAAGCCAUCUGACCUUGCAUUUUCACCUGCAACUGUAGCCAUGAUGUGCAAAUCCAAAGUUGGGGCCUGAACUGACUCCAGACCCAAGGGUCUUCAAGAGAAUUAGUUUGAUUAUUUUCAACAGCAAAUAGUUAUGAGAACCUGUUGAGUGAACCUGAAAACAAGACUUUUUCCUUUGAAUGUAUUUUUCACUGCCUGAUCUGAACAUAAGGAGCAUUGGCUUCACAGGAUUUACAGCACCCAGGACUUCCAUUGAAUUAGCUUUUGGGUAAAUACAUGCUUGGCAAAGAUUGUGUUGAAAGGUACAAAGGAGCUUAAAGCUGACAGCAUCAAUUCCCUGACCAGAUAGUAUUGGUUUAAUUUAUAUCUGUUUCACUGAUGUGAAUUGCAUCAAUCAGCAGGAAAAUGUUAAAUGCACUUCAGGAUGACACUCUUCUGAUUUGUUCCAUGUAAUUAUGUAAGUGACAUUGCCUAUUGAGGUUAAACACUAUGCUUGGAGUAGAAGCCUGGAAAAGUAAAAGAAUUUUUUUUUCAAUAUAAAGCUUUCAAUGAGACACUGUUCUAUGUGUAAAAAUUGCAGUGUGCAACAUGCACAGGGACAUUGAGAUUUUAGUUACCAGGAUAGUAAAUAUAUAGAACUUUCGUUCAUUAAAUUUAGGUGUGAGGUUUGGGUUUUUUUUAAAUUAUAGGGGCACGGUUUGUCUUUUUGCAUUUAGUGUCCAAACUAUAAACUGCACGUGACAUUUUAAAGGGUGCAUAUUUAGAAAUUGAGAAUUAAAAGGUUUCACUUGAGAAUUCCUUCCUCUUUUAUUAUCAGAAUGAUUUUUGUCAGGAAUGUUUCAAGGAAGCUGGAAGAAACAACUCCUCAAUUUGCAGAGUUAACAACAAAUCGUUGUUUUAAUUCUGACUGCAGUCAUUUCCAUAAUCUGCAAUUACAUUGCGAUGCCAUUUUCUUCGUAAAUCACUUUUACUUGCUGCUCCAAGAUUAAUUGCAAAAAAUACUAUCAAUAACCGUCCAGCUUGGUUCAAUUUAUAAAAGUAAAAUCUUAAUGAUAAUUUAAAAUGAGGACUACGGGGGACGGUUUCAUUACUGUCGUAUAGCCUACUGUUUAACAUAUGCAUACAAUUUGAUUUUCACAGAUACUAAUUUUGGAGUCACAGAAUGUAAACUUAUGAUUAUUUUACAGUGCCUAUAGUUUGAACUGAUUCCAAGAACCACUUUUUCCCACUUGGCUUCACAUUGUUAUGCUGAUGAUAUUUGAUGUUCUUCAUGAUGAUCAUCUGUAACAGUCAUCUGCGCGUAAUUAUUUUUAAACCUACUUACAAACAGACCCGAAGAAUUUGCCGCCCCUUUCCAUAAAAAAAUUUCUUGCAAGUGAUAACAUCUCUGCAAUAUUGUCCUUACUUAAUUUUAUAAAAGCCAUGUUUCAACUAGAAUGUAUGGAGCAGCAAUUUUUUUUUGAAGGGCUUUUCCUGAGAUAUAUGAACACACAGAAACUGCAAUGUGUACCAGUCUGUAUGUAUGUGUGCUUUUGAGCAAAUGGUUUGAAUCAUGUUUAUGUCAAAAUAUUGUUAAUUUCUCCACCCAACUUCCUUUUUAUCUAUUUAAAAAUGUUAAUUUAUAGAUUCUGUUUCAACUAUUAAUCCAAGAAGUGAAUUCCACAAACUUUCAGCUCUUCAUCUUUUAUAAAUUCUCCUAUUCUGAAUUUCUUACAUUUUUAGUCCUGUAUCUUUGAUCUCUUGCUCUCAACUUGAAAUAGGCUUUUACCAUCCUGUCUCGUUCUUCAAGAAUUUUAAGUACUUUGAAAUUUACAAAGUAAUAGGAUAUUGUUUCAGUGAGAAAAUACCCAAUUUUUCAAACCUGUCUUUGUAUUUCCUUCUUAAUAAGCUAAUAUGCAAGUGAAUCUAUGCUAGUGAAUCAAUGCUACAUCUUCUUGAGCACCAGUAUCUCUUCCCAUUGCUGUAAAGCCCCUGUGCUCUGCUUCCUCCCUGCUAAGCAAUCUUUAUUCUAGUAUAUUAUCAUUUCUGUAACUCAUACUUCUAAACCUUAGCGAGCUUAAACAUAGUAUUUUGACAGAGGCUUUCCCAAAGUCCACAUAGAUUACAGCUACAGGAUUUUCUCCAAAUCAUACCUGUUCUCUUUUCAGUAUUUUGAAUGUUGUCGAGCAGGAAAAUUUCUUUUUGAAAUCCCUACUAGUCAAUUUAACUAUUACUUUUAGCCAGACAAGUGAUAUUAUGUUGCCCUCCCCAGGUCUCCUAAUUGUAGUUGGGUUUUGAAUCAGCUGAUUAAUUAGAGCAGAGCAAUUGUAUCAGAUGCAAGAAUUCUUAACAGAAUUGAGUAAUAUUUGGAAAUAUUGGAAAAUAAAUGUUUCUUGAAUUCCUAGAAUUUUACAUUUUUAGUGUCAAUUAGUUUUAAAUUAAAAACUCUACUACUUGCUCAAUUAAAAAAAAUUAAUCUGAAAUCGUUUCCGGACUAAAUUGAAAAUUCUUCAUGAAUUGAUAGUGCUAGCUACAUUGUAGCUAAAAUUUGAGCUCUUGCUAUUGUGCAGGUUCUAAAUAAUUAGGUUCCCUCUUAUAUUUCAUCACUGAUGUAUUGUCAACAACCAUGGGUAGUCCGUAAGCUGGGUCUUCAUAGCUGUGCUGGGGGGAAAAUAUGUGUUCAUUAAAUUUAUUGAUGCUAUUUCACUAGUGACAUAUUUGAAACAUAGUUGACCACCAUUUUUAUGUUUAAAGAAAUAACUAUUAUUAUGCUGUAAACACAAUCAUCUAAAAUAAGCUCUCUGUUUCAGAAACUACAAUGAAUGAUUGCAUAAUUAUCAUGUAUUUAUUCAGGUAUAUUAAAUCUUGUUACAUGUAUAAACCUUCAAAUUAAAGUUUAUUUCCAACUUAUUACUGAGCACUUCCAACAUUUUUGAGAUUCAUCACUUCAGGGCUGACCUUUAGAGUGUAUGUCUGGUUCAACAUGGAAGUUAAGAAUGAAAUAAGAUAGUGUGAAAAAAGCCAAGAAUUGUGUUUCUCUAUAAAUAUGGAUAAACAGUAUUUAUCAUCUUAUAACGUAUCUGAUCCAUUACUUAUGCUUAGCACUGGCUUAAGGACAGCUUUUGAGGGUCAAACAAAAUCUGAGUUCUGUUUCUUGCUUUUUAAUUGCCUUUGUUUCAAGUGCUAGUUCUGGGUUAUAUUAAGACAAUGCAAUGCAAAGUUAUAGUAGAAUUUUGAUCCAUCUGCCGUUGCAGUGUAAUGAUGUAAUGGUUGUAUCAAGUUUACAGGUUACAAAAAAUUGUUCAAACUUUUCAUUGUACUAAAAAAGGAUCAUAGUAAGGUAAAUCAUAUACAGGAAAACUGAAGACAAUUUGUCUUUUAAACCACUAGCAGCAGGUAAGAUAUUAAAGAUAUAGAUAAAGUAUUUAUAUUAGAAUUGUUGCAAUAUGCAGAAGAGGGGAGUUGAGGAUUGCCAGAUCGGUCAUGAUCUCAUUGAAUUGCAGUGUAGACUCAAUGGGCUGAAUGGCAAAAUCUGCUCCUAAGUCUUAUGAUCUAAAUUUCAUCUGAUGGUCAUCUCUUCCGAAAAAGAUGACAAUACACCUCGGGAUCUCUUAUUGUUUUCAGAUUUGACCACCACAAAUGUAUUUAUCUCAAAUUGGUUUCAGAAAUGGUUCAAACGAGGAGGGGGGAGGGGAAAACCUUUUUACAAAUGCAGACUUUGUAAGCAAUUUUUAUUUUUCUAUUAAUGCCACUGUAGAAAGGAAUUGUAGCUACUUUUUUUUCCCUUUGGGAAUAAAUGCUUAGUGGCUCAGUGUUUUUAAUCUUAUGUGCUUAAACUAAAUUAUAAUCACCAAAAUAUGCCUUUCUAGUUUUCACUGUCUUUUUAAUCCAUACAGUAAAAUAUUACAAAGUUUUGAACUCUGUAAAAUAUUUUGUACUUUACACUACAGAGAAAAUGUUCUGCACUGAUGUCAUUGAAAAAUUCUUUAGCUUUGUAUUUAAUGUUAGCAAUUUUUCAUUGUUUUGAUAUGAU